UUCGAUGGACCUACGGAGUGGAGGACCCGAUAUUGGCGCCGAUCUGGUCGGCAUGCGUCCGCCGUUGAACGGUUUCCGGGAGCCAGCGACUGGUAAAAGGGUUAUUAGGAGUCACUGUAGCAGGUUUAGUAUAGACCCAUGUUUGCGCGCUGUCAUCUUUGGCCUUCUUCUCAUCACACUUUCCCCUGUAUUCAUUUAUACUCAAGGUGCUUGACCAGACCCUCUUCGGUUGUGGCUGGAGGGGUGUCCGCGCGCGUCAUGCUUGGUUGUUAUGGUGACCUGAGGAUGGUUUAUCGGAGCGGGCAGGGGUUGGCUGGGUUGGAUGUUGUUUGGUCUGGAGUUUGAAGUCUUGACAGGCCCACGUUGCUUACUGACAGCCUUGAAGCUGGUCGUUUCGGGAGGUUCUUUUGGGCGGCGUAUCGUCAACUGUUUCCCCUCAUCGGAUCGGGGAAUGAGGAACUGAAUAUGAACCAAGAGGAAUCAAAGGGUUGGGAAUUUUGGGCGCGACAUGACAGCGUGUUGUGUCCACGAACCGUCAGCCUCCCAGGGGACGGAGGCAUCAGUGCUAAACGAAAAAGCAAUAUAGCGCAUCCGGAACUUCUAUUGGUCCAAACUGCUCCGAGGAAAUGACUUGAUGGAUGUUGCGUUGCUUUUCUCCCUCUGCGUUAGGUACUGGCCAU